AAUCAACGAUUUUGGACGAAGAGCAGCGCGCGUCCCAGAGAACACAUGGCAGCGCACCGGAUCCGUCACGCAGCGUCCAGGAGUCGCUGCGAGAGAGAAGGGACUCCCUGAGGCGCCGCCGCCGCUUCUGGUGCCCCAUCCUGCCUCCUUUUCUAGCGGGACCCGGAAGGAUAAAUCUUGGGAAUUCGGCCGGUUACACGCUGUUUUUUUUUUUUUUCCUCUUUUUUUCUUUUUUCUUUUUUCCCGUCUCUCUCCUCUUUGUCGCCCGGGAUGCAGGGCCUGAGCUCCCGGGCUCACGCGUUCUCCGUGGAGGCGCUGGUGGGGAAACCCUCCAAGAGGAUGAAAGUGUCCGAGAGGCGCGAGUCAAGCGCGGCUGCAGACGCGGCCGGCGGCAUCCACAGCGGCCUGUCCGAACACACCGCCAGACAGAUGACCGUAGCAGGUUCAUGGAGGCCUGGAGACGCGCCGGGACAGAGCGGGCCGGAGGAGUCGGAGCCGGGGGCCGCGGAGAGCGACUCCCGGCCGGACAGAGAGGUCCGGGCGGAGCUGCAGGGCUCCGAGCUGUGGAAGAGAUUCUAUGAGAUCGGAACCGAGAUGAUCAUCACCAAAGCCGGCAGAAGAAUGUUUCCUUCUGUGCGCGUCAAAGUGCGCAACCUGGACCCCUGCCAGCAGUAUUACGUGGCAAUGGACGUCAUGCCCGUGGACUCCAAGCGCUACAGGUACGUGUACCACAGCUCGCAGUGGAUGGUGGCCGGGAACACGGACCACUCGUGCAUCUCUCCGCGCCUCUACGUUCACCCGGACUCGCCGUGCACGGGGGAGACGUGGAUGCGACAGGUGAUCAGCUUCGACCGGGUCAAGCUCACCAACAACGAGAUGGACGAUAAGGGACAUCAGAUCAUUCUUCAGUCGAUGCACAAGUACAAGCCCCGGGUGCACAUCAUCCGGCACGACCCUCGGAUGGACCUGUCCCAGAUCCAGUCCCUGCCAGCCGAAGGGGUGAACACCUUCUCCUUCCCGGAGACGGAGUUCACCACCGUCACGGCCUACCAGAACCAACAGAUCACCAAGCUGAAGAUCGACAGGAACCCGUUCGCCAAAGGCUUCAGAGACCCGGGACGGAACAGGGGGGUUUUGGACGGCCUGUUGGAGUCAUACCCCUGGAGAGCCCCUCUGAGCUUUGACUUUAAGCCUUUCUCCAUCCAGCUCCAAGGAAGCUCCCUGUCGCCGAGCAGCAGUGCGAAGAACUUCCUCCCUCUCUCGUCGCCUUCACCUCUUCUUCCGUUCUCCUGCCCGGACGCCGCUCUCCACGCUCUCACCCUGCCCCUCUUCGGGAAGGCGUCCACCGCCGCGCCCUCCAUUUCUCAGCCACCCGGCAGAGUCUUCUCCUCCCUGGGAGCGGACGGACUGAAAGGCAUUCCUUCUCUGCCGCCUCUAGCGGACCUGCCACUUCUGACGGCGCUGCAGGGGAAGAAACCCCUUCACUGCAGGGAUCCAUGUCUGCACAGGUCCCCCGGGAGCUCCCCGUGCCUCGUCCCCCUACACAGCUCCCUGAGCCCCCCGGGAUCAUCCCUCCUGCCUCAUCUCUCUGACAUUACGACCCCCUACUGUCUUUACAGCUACAGCUUUCCCCUGAGUCCCCAACUCACAGCUAUUUCUAGACACGGCAAACUGAGCGAAGACACCACGGACUGCCUGCUGCGGCACCCCGCCUGGCAGCAGACCUCCAACCACUGCCUCUGACAGCUGGACUCUUAGGACCAAGCAAAACCGAAUGGGGGAGAAAGUAACUGACUGGGAAGUGGACCUUUAUAUUUAAGAACGGUUCAAAACGACGUGUUGGAAGCUCAAGCACAAAAAAACGAUCCUGAAGCUGGUCAAUCCUGAGCCAAAACAUCCAAAGUUGGAAUAAAUGUACAAACUUUUCUCUUCAGGGUGGCAGUAGAUUGUUGUUGUUUUUUUUUACAUAGUGUUUCUGUGAGGUUAUAGUUAUUUAAGCCAACUUCUUCACACAAUGCUACCAAAGAGCAUCAAUAAGAGGA